UCUAUUCUUCCUGGGGAUUUGCCGCACAGCAAGGGCGGAUUUCUAUCAUCCCCCAGUGAAUAUCCUGAUUUAUCUACAUUUAACACUGUUUGUCAUUCGAGGUGUUUUACGGGGUCGGCAUGGAGAAGAGCGGCAGCAUCGACAGUCUGGGGUCGAAGCGGUCCUCCUCUAGACAGCCGAGUGUUGAUUCAUUGUCAAGCACUUCCACCUCUCGUUCUGACCGGUCCGCCCAAGCCAAGCCACCCUCUGCCAUGUCCUCCGACUCUGUACCCAACUCCACAGAGCUCUCCCCGGAGUUGCGGGUUAGACCCAAAGCUCCCAACAAGGUGCUUAAAGAUUCAAACACUGAGGAACCGCAGUUACUUCCAAAGGAAACUGUGCAAGACAUGGCCAAAGAUGUCACCUAUAUUUGUCCUUUCGUUGGAGCACUAAGGGGAACAUUAACUGUCACCAAUUACAGGCUGUUCUUCAAAUGCAUGGACAGGGAGCCAGCAUUUAUGCUGGAUCUUCCCCUUGGGGUGGUGAGUCGUGUGGAAAAGAUUGGAGGUGCAUCAAGCCGUGGUGAUGUAUCCUAUGGACUGGUUUGCAAGGAUAUGCGUAACUUGCGGUUUGCACACAAGCAGUUGGAAGAUUCACUAAGGAAGUCCAUUUUUGAAAUCUUGAUGAAAUUUGCCUUUCCUGUUUCUAAUGGGCUGCAAAUCUUUGCCUUUGAAUAUGGGCAAGUCUUUCCUGAAAAUGGAUGGAAGGUUUUUGAUGCUGCUUCUGAAUACAAGAGACAGGGUAUACCAAAUGAAAGUUGGAGAAUAACAAAAGUGAACGAUCACUAUGAGCUGUGCGAUACCUACCCUUCAACACUUGUUGUGCCUGUCAACAUACCAGAUGAAGAACUAAAGAGAGUGGCUGCCUUCAGGGCCAAGGGUAGGAUACCUGUGCUGUCAUGGAUACAUCCGGAGAGCCAAGCCACGGUCACCCGUUGCAGUCAGCCCAUGGUUGGAGUGAAUGGGAAACGCAGCAAAGAGGACGAGAAGUACCUCCAGGCUAUUAUGGAUGCGAAUGCUCAGUCCCAUAAGCUCUUCAUUUUUGAUGCCAGGCCUAGUGUCAACGCUGCUGCCAACAAGAUGAAAGGGGGUGGAUAUGAAAGUGAGGAUGCCUAUCAGAAUGCUGAGCUGUUCUUCUUGGAUAUUCACAAUAUCCAUGUUAUGAGGGAGUCACUUCGCAAGCUGAAGGAGGUAGUAUACCCCAACAUCGAGGAAUCCCACUGGCUCUCCAACCUUGAGUCCACUCACUGGCUCGAGCAUAUCAAGCUGAUCCUGGCGGGAGCUUUGCGGAUCGCAGACAAGGUGGAAUCUGGGAAGACGUCAGUAGUGGUACACUGUAGUGACGGUUGGGACCGUACAGCCCAGCUCACAUCCUUGGCCAUGCUGAUGCUGGAUGGUUACUACCGUACCAUCCGUGGCUUCCAAGUGCUGCUUGAGAAAGAGUGGCUGAGCUUCGGUCACCGCUUCCAGCUGAGAAUUGGCCACGGAGAUAAGAACCACACAGACGCUGACCGCUCGCCUGUCUUUAUUCAGUUCAUCGACUGUGUUUGGCAGAUGACCCGUCAGUUUCCAGCGGCUUUCGAGUUCAAUGACUACUUCUUGGUCACCAUCCUGGACCACCUAUACAGCUGCCUGUUUGGGACAUUCUUGUGUAACAGUGAACAGCAGAGGGUGAAAGAAGAAAUUCCCAAAAAGACGGUGUCCUUGUGGUCUUACAUCAACAGCCAGCUGGAAGAGUUUACCAACCCGCUUUAUGUGAACUAUUCCAAUCAUGUGUUGUUCCCUGUUGUCAGUUUGCGUCACUUGGAGCUUUGGGUGGGCUAUUACAUCCGCUGGAACCCUCGCAUGAGGCCUCAGGAGCCUAUACAUCAGCGCUACAAGGAGCUGUUAGCAAAGCGUGCAGAGCUGCAGAAGAGGGUGGAGGAGUUGCAGCGAGAGGUGACCAAUCGCUCAGCUUCUUCCUCUGAGAGGGCGGGCUCACCCACACGCUCCAUCACGCCUGUGCAAACCUUCGUUUGACAUGACAGCAUCCUAUCUAUGACAAAGUGCCAUGCUUAUAAUAUCCUGUAGGAUGCACCAGAGAGGAUUUGUAUGACAGACCCCCUCUUGCAGUGACACUGCUUUAGUCAGCCACUACCAAAAGUCUGAAGAAGCAGAUAUCAGGCCUUGCCUUACCUUUUUGCAUCUCUUGUCACUGUGAUCCUAAAGUGUUUAGGUGCAACAGUACCAUCAUCGUGUCUUUGACAGCUUAAUUACAGCCAUACUCUGCUCACUCUUCAUGGUUGAGAGUACAUGCAACUUGAUCAGACAAGUAUGCUUUAGAGUUUAGAAUAUCAAUCUAUCUACAGUCAUUGUUGAUAGUUUUUAGCACACUAACAUAUGUACACUAAAUAUGAAUCGGGUAAAACUAGCUAUGCUUUCCUAGAAACAUUCACUUUAAUCCCCCACUUUUCAAAGUAUAUGUAAAUGAAAGCCAUGACAUUGAAGCAAUGGUUAAGAUGUACAAACCCCAAUUCCAAUGAAGUUGGGACGUUGUGUAAAAC